CCCCAGCAGGCGGAAACGAGACGCAGCUCUGAUGAACGCCACAACCAGUUUAUUGAGUCAAUAUGACGACGAACUGCAACGCGACUGUUGUUUGGACGGCAUGAGGGAAACCCCUGUUUCAUACACCUGUGAGAGGCGCAGCGAGUAUGUCUUGGACGGCGCAGGCUGCGUCAUGGCCUUCCUGAACUGCUGCAGGGAGAUGGAACGCCUCCGAGACGAGAAGAGGGAAGAAGGCCUCCAACUGGCUCGCAGUGAGGAGGAUGACACCAGUUACAUGGACAGUAGUAACAUUGUUUCACGCACAAAAUUCCCUGAAAGUUGGCUGUGGUUAGAAAUGGAACUGCCUGCUUGCAGUCAAGGCAACUGUGAAACCACAUCACUCGUGAAAACUGUUCCUUUGCAAGACUCCAUCACGACCUGGCAGUUCACCGGCAUCAGUCUGUCAAAGACUCACGGCAUCUGUGUGGCUGAUCCACUGGAGAUAAUUGUCCGGAAGGACUUCUUUGUUGAGCUCAAACUACCCUUCGCUGCUGUCCGUGGAGAGCAACUGGAAAUUAAGGCAGUCGUCCACAACUACACCCCCAACCGUCUCACCGUGCGUGUGGAGCUGAAGGAGGAGCCGGAUGUGUGCAGUGCAGCUUCUAGACAUGGGAAAUAUCAGGAGGAAAUCGAAGUUGAGGCCGGACGUGCACGAGCUGUACCCUUUGUCAUUAUUCCUAUGAAGGAGGGACAGCACAAAAUUGACGUCAAAGCAGCUGCUCAAACUCAGAGUGACUCAGAAAUCGGUGAUGGAAUCAUAAAGAUGCUGCGGGUGGUGCCUGAAGGCAUAAUGAUGAAAGUGCCUCAGAUUAUACCUUUGGACCCUACAAAAAAAGGUGUAGAUGGUAAACAAGUAGAAAUCAUCAACAGCAAAAUUUCUCAGAGGGAUUUUGUUCCGAACUCACCGACCAGCACACAGAUCUCUUUGACGGGGAAAAAAGACAAUGUGGUGAAAAACAGCAUUACUGGAGAAUCAAUGGGUGCUCUGAUCUACAAGCCGUCUGGCUGUGGAGAGGAGAACAUGCUCCACAUGACCCGGACUGUCAUCGCAACCAUAUAUUUGGACAAAACCAGCCAGUGGGAGCCUGUGGGCAUCGAUAGACGCGAAGAAGCCCUCCAACACAUCAUCACUGGUUACCAGAACCAGCUGGUCUACCGUAAAAUGGACGGAUCUUUUAGUAGAGAUCCUGAACAACAAAGCAGCACAUGGCUCACAGCCUACGUCGUAAAGGUGCUAACGAUGGCCAACAGUCUGGUGGCAGUGCAAACCCAAGUCAUCUGCGACGCCGUCAAGUUUCUGAUUGUCAACGCGCAGCAAACCAGCGGCAUGUUCAGAGAAGUUGGAGCAGUAUACCACAGAGAGAUGACCGGUAACGUCUACGGUACAGAUUCAGACGCCUCCAUGACGGCCUUCUGCGUCAUUGCCAUGCAGGAGUCACGUACAACAUGUGCUGCCACUGUUAGUGGACUUUCAGCCAGCAUUGACAAAGCAGCGACGUACCUGCGGAAGCGUCAGCACAGUUUAACCAACCCUUACGCUGUUGCCAUCACGUCAUACGCUCUGGCCAAUGAGGACAAACUGAACCGAGAGGUCCUCUACAAGUUUUCUUCGCCAGAUGUCUCCCACUGGCCUACACCUUCUGGACGUCAGCACACCCUGGAGGCCACAGCUUACGCUCUUCUGGCUCUGGUGAAGGUCGAGGCCUUUGAAGAUGCCAGACCUCUUGUUAGAUGGUUCAACCGUCAGCUGAGAGAGCGUGGAGGCUACGGAUCAACUCAGGCCACCAUGACAGUGUACCAGGCUGUAACAGAGUAUUGGUUCAGUGACAAAGACUCCGACUACUUCCUGAACGUGGACGUCUUGCUGCCGGGCAGAACGAGGCCAGUCAAGUACAACUUCAACUGGGAAAACCACCACGCCACAAGAACUUCCAAAAUUAAUGAUAUAAACCAGGAUGUGAAGGUGACUGCGACGGGGAAAGGGGAAGUAACACUGACAAUGGUGUCUCUGUAUUACGCCCUGCCUAAAGAAACGGACGGCGACUGUCAGAUGUUUAACCUGUCAGUGCAGCUUAUCCCAGAGAAGAUGGACAAGGAUGAGAGCAUAUAUAAGCUGAAAAUAGAGGUUUUACAUAAGGACAAGAAGCGCAAUGCAACCAUGACAGUGUUGGAUAUCGGCCUGCUGACGGGUUUUGUUGUGAACACAAAAGACCUGAACUUAUUGGCCAAAGGACGAGCCCGCACUAUUGCAAAAUAUACCAUGGACUCGGUCCAGUCAGAAAGAGGCUCCCUCAUCAUCUACCUGGACACGGUUUCUCACACACAUCCAGAGGAGAUCACUUUUAGGAUCCAUCAGAAGCUUAAAGUGGGCGUCUUACAACCAGCAGCCGUGUCUGUCUAUGAAUACACCGGCAGUCAAUACAGAAGUAAAGCACAUUGUAUGAAAUUUUACCAUCCAGAGAGGAGAGGUGGAGAACUGCUGCGCAUCUGUAGAAACGAGGAAUGCACAUGUGCUGAAGGAAGCUAUGAUGUGGGUCCUCAGGGUAAGCUGCGUCCAUUCCUGAGUUAUCGACACUGCAGAGUGGCUUUAGAUCUCUGGAGACGUAAAACCUACCUCAUCAUGGGGAUGGCCAAAGAUAUUUACAAAGAUGAACAGAGUCGAUCGUAUCAGUACGUGCUCGGGGAGAGAACCUGGAUCGAGUACUGGCCGACAGCAGCAGAGUGUAAAACGCCGAUGUACAAUACUACCUGCUCAGGCCUGGAUGAGAUGGUGCAGCAGUACACAGUGCAUGGAUGUCCACAUUAGUAAAACUAAAUUGAAUAAAGUGUUUCAUUUAGAUGCCAUUCUGCAGAUUACAGUGUGAAAGUUCAGUACACAAGUUAAUCUUAUAUAAAACUUACACACGUUUAGCGAUUAAGGUUGUCAGAACUUCAAAUCUCAGAUCUGAAUUAUCAGUAAAAAAAAAAAAAAAACAGGCAAAAGGGAGUAACAGUGUCAAAUCAAAUAAACUGAACCAAAUCUGAAA